GCCCUCCUCCAGGGUAGGAAAACAUUACGGACGGUGAGUGUGGACCGUGUCAGGAAAAAUAGCUUCUUGGAUUUUUUUUUUUACUCCAGGGUUGGAAUACUUUUUUUGUGGUGUGGGGUCUACAUGGUUUGUUACAAGCACAAAUCCAUGUAUCUGUCGUCUUGGAAUUGAGUUGUAGUAAUCUUCACGGAGCUUGUCUUCUCACCUGGGAGGACGCCGAGUCCCGUCAGCUGGCGGUCGGGAUAACUAUUUCCGCCGUGUUGUUCGUGGUAUGACGGCUAGCUGAUAGCUGGGACCGCUGCAAUGCUAGGUGGUAAUGAGCCAGAUCGCUUUUUUAGCUGAAACAGUUUAAGUGGAUAUUAAAAGGUUGUUCGAGACAAAGGAUAAGGAAUACCUGGCUUUUGCAUUAUUCUGGAACGGUAAUCUUCACUACAUUUACCAGCAUGCACAGCGGCAGAUGUGACAGCCACCGAGGCAGAGAUUCCACAAGCCUUCAAUGUGUUUUUUUCUGGAUGUUUUUGACGGCAUGUCUCCUCCACCGCGAGAGAAACCGCUGACUUUUGGAUUGUCCCCCAUUUUCUAUUUUUCUGAUCAAAUAUUAACUAUGUGUGUCGACGCAGCAGCUUGGAUUUGUUUGGAUACAUUUAACACUUUGAAGUGAGUCGGACGGGAAAAUCGACAGAAAGGAAGCACCAGUUAAAAACAUAAAGGGUCCUUUUCCCCCCUAAAGAAAUAUCAUGGCAUCUGUGUGGAAAAGAUUACAACGUGUGGGGAAACACGCGUCCAAGUUUCAGUUCGUGGCUUCCUAUCAGGAGUUGAUGGUGGAAUCCACGAAGAAAUGGCAACCAGACAAGCUGGUAGUGGUGUGGACUCGCAGGAGCCGACGGAAAUCCUCCAAGGCUCACAGCUGGCAGCCAGGCAUCAAGAACCCCUACCGAGGAGUGGUGGUGUGGCCUGUACCGGAAAACGUAGAAAUAUCUGUCACACUCUUCAAGGACCCCCACGCAGAGGAGUUUGAAGACAAGGAGUGGACGUUUGUCAUAGAAAAUGAGUCUCCUUCAGGUCGUAGAAAGGCUCUGGCCAGCAGCAGCAUCAACAUGAAGCAGUAUGCCAGCCCCAUGCCCACACAGACUGACGUCAAGCUCAAGUUCAAGCCCCUCUCCAAGAAGGUGGUGUCUGCCACGCUACAGUUCUCCCUCUCCUGCAUCUUCCUCCGUGAGGGCAAGGCCACGUAAGUCCACACACACACCACACACACACACCACACACACACACACGGCAAAGCCACGUAAAUAUGCUCCCUUCACAAAGUCAACCGCCCCACCCCAAAUCUAGCCCCCUAAACAUCUCUCCUCCUUGAACUCGUCUUUUACUACUCUGGUCUUCUUCUCUUUCUUCCAUAUCAGUUCCUAUCUCCGUUUCUUUCCCUUGUCUGUCUUCC